AUGAACAAGAUAAGCACCGAUGAACGCCAUCUUGAGACGCCGAGGCUGCAGGUCCUCGCCUCCGCCACGACAGGUGUGACAGAAAAAGGGAUUCUUCAAAUUGAUUAUACCACGACUGCAACAAUGGCGUUCCGUCCGUUUGAUUCCGACAAGGAGCGACAGAUGACCUUUCGCCUUUAUGAAAUGACCACCAGGAAGGGCGCGAGUGUACUGCAGCAGGUCCUGGAGUGGGGCACCUGCGGCAGGCAGCCGGGUCAGUCUUUUGCUGACUACCUUUUCCUUGUGAAGAAGCUCACCAGGGGUCCCAUACGAAAGAAACUCAGCCCCAGUCAGUGGAAGAAGAUGAAGGACCAUGAUUUGGAUGAUUUUGACAUAACGCUGUUGUACUUGUGCAUUCAGUAUGGCUGCGACGGACUCGCUCCUCCUAGCGACAAAAGGUGGGCCGAGUCAGGAGACACUCUAGAGUACAACCUAACUUUGGUCAAGAAUUUCAGAAACGCCUUCCUUCAUGAGGAGUUUAAAGUUGAUGAGAGCAAUUUCCUUCACAAGACGGAGGAACUGAGAAAUAUGCUUAACAAAACACUCAAUAAAGCAGCGGAAAUCUACAACAAGGAUCAACAGCUAGUUGACGACGUUUUGCAAAAACUUAGCCACGAAAUCAACAGUAUCAGAGAUGAGUCGUUGGAUUUGUCCGGAAGAAGCAGCUUGGACUUUGAUAAGUUACGUCGGUAUGUGAAUAGCGAAGGUAAACUAGAAUUAAAAAGGAGGUACAGAGAUAUGUCAAGUAUUGGGCCAGUGUCAAAUCUACUUGAUAAGUACGUAAAAAUGAAAGUACGAAUAGACAAGGUAUUUACCAAAAUACUAAUGAAAGAAGACGAUACUCAAAUUCGUCUCGAAAAUCUCCUUGCGUUGGUGGAGAGAAGGCAAAACCAGAGCCAAACCAGCGACACCACCUUGCUGGUCGAGGGCCCUGCAGGCGUCGGCAAGACAACCCUCACGAGAAAGAUGAUCAGCGACUGGGCCUCAGGAGCUAGUGCCAUGGAAAACCUCCUAGACUAUGAGUUUGUCGUAUUGGUCGAAUGUAGAGUGAGAGAAAUCCAUUCCCUCUCUCAACUCCUGCAGUCUCUCUUACCAACCACAAGCAAGCACGUCCGAAAAGAAUACCUGGUCGAAUGCAUUCAGGAUAACAGGCUUCUGUUUAUUGUUGACGGUUUGGACGAGCUUAACUCAUCCUCGGAGCAAGUGUACAGAGAGAUAAUGAAAUUAGGGGAAUCUCAUGGCAAUGUCACUGUCCUGUGUACAACACGACCAAACAAAGUAACCGAUUUUAGAAGAUGUGUCCCAAACAACUUUAGCAUCAUCCAUGUGCAUGUUCUCGGGAUAGCUGAAGAUGACAGGGAAGAAUUUGUAAAUAACUACAGCCAGGUUCUUGGGAGCACAGAUGAGGAAAGAGACAUCUCUGGCCUUCUUUGCUAUCUGAACAGGAAGGAGAGUCGUCUGCAAGAUCACUGGCGAUUCCCUUUUAAUCUUGUCUUUGUGACAGUCUUGUGGGUUCUUAAACCUGAAGCAGUAAACAGAAUGACUACAGCGACGGAACUUUUCUUAAAGACGCAUGAGCUGUGUCAGAGUAAGUUAAGACAGAGACUGUUCGAUCAUGAAAAGACUUGGAAAUGGGACUUACCUGAAAUGAAAGAAAAGAUGGAUAAAUUCCUUAAGAAACUUUAUGAGGAAGCCCUAAUUAACCAUUGUUGUGACGACACUGUGCUGUCUAAGGCAUCUGUACAGAGACUUAGGGAUAUGUGCAACUAUCUAGAUUUGCCUGGCGCUGAAAUUCUUAGCACGUUCUUAAUCCAAGCAACGUCACUGACAGAGGAAGCAGAAGAGAAGUAUAGUUUCCCCCAUAAAGGACUACAAGAUUUUUUCUCAGCACUUUAUAUCAUGGAAAGUCUCAUCGCUGACAACGUAGACAUUCCUAGAAUUAUAUCUGGCUUUAGGACCGUUCUCUCCAGCAGCAAUGUGCCAUCAGUGACCAGCAAAUACAUCAUACAAAGAAAUCAUGAAAUUUUAAACCAAUUAAAUCAUAAAGCUUGUAGAACAACAAACAGAAUCAGGAGUGCGCUUGAUGCGACUCUUAAAGAAGCUGAGAAGUAUAGAGGGAACCACGCGGUUGCGCUUAAUUUGGUCAAAUGGCAGAACAUUCUGGUUCACCUCACUGGCCUCCUCUACUUGGAAGGCAGAACCAUGGGGGAAGAAACGUCUGCCGAACUGGUGUCGCUGCUCAAGGGAGCUGGCAUAGAAGGCAGGUCCCAGUGGUUGGACUUACUAUCUGAAGUUAAGUAUGAAGCAACAGUGAGCAAAUACAUUGCUCGGGCGAUGCAUAUGAGAGGAGUUAUAAGAGUAACAGACUGCCAUGUUGCUGCAUAUGCCACCGUCUUACCUCAUACACAGCCAUCGAGUGUGGAGAUCCACGUCACUUGCAACCCGCGGGAUGUUCCGCGCCUGACUGAACUCCUAAUGGCAAUUAAGGGGAAAACUUGGGCCAUUAAAAUGGAGUUUCAGCAUGACUUCCGACAUCCAAAAACUGGCGGCAGUAUCCUUGACGAAGAUCUUCGGCAGCUUUUCCAACAGCCGCACAGUAGAGUCCUCAAGUUCAAGGGCCAACUGAGCGCAGCCGCCGCGACGGCUCUGUCCCGUGGCCUUCAGGAGCUCCAGCUGGCCCUGCUCGACGACGCCCACUACGGCGCCCUGCGGCCGUUUCUGUCCUCACUCUCGGAGCGGCGGCCGCCACUCAAGGGCCUCUUACUGCACGUGGCGGCGGGGCUGAGCGAGGCGGCGCUGCAGCCGCUGCCGCGCGUCGACCACCUGGGCCUCGUCUUCGACCACGUGCGCGGGGGCACGGUGGCGUGGGCGAGUGGAGUCGCCCGCAAGCUGCAGCCUGGAGAAGGAUACUUCCACCUCCUCUUCCCCGGCCUUGGCCAAUCCGUGGACGCCUGCUUCAGACUCCUGGAGGAACUUUCUCGCCGUGGAGUCACGGUGCGCAGGGCGGUGCUGGUGUCUCCGGUGGUCGCCCAGGAAGACUAUAUAAGACUGAAUGAAAUUUCCCAACGAGAUAUGGGUUGUAAAUUCCUUGC